GAGUGCUCAUUCAGUUGCCAAAAGCAAAGUGGUUCAGAUCGUUUUAGUGCUCAACACGCAGAUAUCAUGUCGAAGAACGAGGCGGAGGUCCAGUGGCUGCGAUCUACGAUUCUUCCGGAGAUCCUGAAGAGCGGGCGACUCGUGGAGAAUUACAGCGAUUCCAAGGCGGACACCUUCCACGUGGCAGACAUCGAUAUCGAUGUGAUCGGGCACUCGGAGGCCUUUAUGCUGACCUUCUGCUACAGAGCCAUCGUCAACUUCGAAUACGAUGGAGAGAAGUUACAGCGCAAAUUGGUCGUUAAGAAAACUCCUCCAAUGCCCCCAGCUAUUUAUGAGUCCAUUCAGUUUGGCGCCCUUUUCAGCAAUGAAAUCAAUUUCUACACUGAAAUUCUCCCAGAGAUACAGAAGUUGGCCGGAGGAAAGUUUGCGGCUCCCAAGUAUUAUUAUAGUGAAUUGAAUCCCCAUUCGGCGGUGGCUAUCAUGGAAAAUUUUGCGGAGAAGGGACUGCGAGUGACCAAGGAUCGGUUUGGCUUAAGCCUGGAGCAUGCCAUGCUAGCUAUGCAGUACCUGGGCGAAUUUCAUGGCUUCGCCUACGCCAUGAAGCACAAGAAUCCGGAGAAGUUCGCGCAGUUGACCAGCGGGCUAAAGGAAUCACGCUAUGCGAGGGAUGAUAUUCAUCACAUGUGGGAUCUUACCAUGAAGACGAGUCACAAGCGGUUGGCCAAGUCGGUGGCCACCUAUCAGCCUCAGGUUGGGGAGGAAUUUGUGAAUCAAUUGUGCCAUCUGGUCGGGAAUUACUUGAAUUAUGGCAGACAACGGGUGGCGCCCAGGGAACCACUGGCCACUCUCUGCCACGGAGAUUAUGUGAGAAACAAUGUUGCUUAUAGGUACAAUGACAAGGAGGAGCCGCAGGAGAUCAUGAUGUUCGACUACCAAACGCUGCGAGUGUCCUCUCCCAUGAUCGAUCUUGCGGUUUUCCUGAACGUAUCCGUUUUAGCCGAUGUGCGCUACCCCAACUUUGAUGCCAUCUUCGAUGAAUACUGUUCGUCGUUAUAUGACAGCUAUAGGAAAAAUGCCAAGGCAGAGGUUCCAGAGGCCAUGAGUCGUGCGGAGCUUCUAAAAGAGUAUGUGCGAUUUUUGCCGUAUGCCGUAUCCAUAACGGCCAGUUUUCUAAUGACCCUUGUUGAACCCUUGGAUAUGUCUCCUGAGGAGAUGUUCGCCAUGCAGUUUACGGAUGAGGAGAUCAUAAAACAAGCCAUGACCCAGGGCGGGGAUAUCGUGGAUAAAGAGGUUGCUCACCAGGUUAAGGAAAUGCUGGAACUGAGCCAACUGACUGGUGUUUCCAUUGACGACGGCAUUGAUUUGAAAAAAUUGUAACUCUAAAAAGUAAAACCGAUUAAACAUUCUUAAA